AUGUUGUCGAAUCCGCUGCGCCGCUAUUCAGCCUAUCCCGACAUCUCUUCGGCAUCCUUUGACGCCAACUACCAUGCGUCUCAAGCUCACCUCCACUCGAUAAACGUCAACACAUUUAACAACAACCACCCCUAUCCUAUCCAACAUCUCUCGCAACAUGCUGAGCUUUCAAAUUCGCGUAUGCUGAGGUCCAAUCCCCCCCAGCCAAAGCAGCAACGGCAGGGCUCACUCGUUGCAGGGAGAAAGAAUUCGACGGGGACUGCUGGUCCAAUUAGAAGGAGAAUCAGUCGAGCUUGUGAUCAAUGCAACCAGCUGCGUACUAAAUGCGACGGCUUGCACCCCUGUGCUCACUGCAUAGAAUUCGGCCUUAGCUGCGAGUACAUCCGAGAGCGGAAGAAGCGAGGCAAGGCAUCGCGCAAGGACAUUGCUGCUCAGCAGGCCGCCGCCGCGGCUGCGUCAGGAUCACAGCAUCCCGGCCAAGCUCAGGACUCAGAGGAGCAGCACCAUCGCAAGCUGUCGCGUCAGCAAAGUGAGUCUUCGCGCGGCAGCGCUGAUCUACCACAAACUGCCCACGACCCACCUCACGGCCAUAUUGAAGGCUCUGUCAGCUCCUUCAGUGACAACGGACUGUCGCAGCACCCUGCAAUUGGGGCAAUGGAAGGCCUUGAGGAGCAUCAUGGUCACGUCGGAGUUGACCCUGCCCUGGGUAGAAGUCAACUGGAAACGCCAUCGGCAAUGGGGCUUGGUGCGUAUGGCGAAGUACACCCCAACUACGAUAGCCCUGGUAUCAAUGGCCAUGUGAUGGUCGCCCAGCCGUAUGGCGCUCCGCCGACUACCAUGCCCGGCUACUCUGGCAUCAACUAUGCUACGCAAGCCCAGAGCCCAGCAACCUAUAGCAGCGACGGAAACUUCCGUCUCGGUGCCGGCCACAUUCACGAGUACCCUCUGGCCAAUGGGAGCUCACCUUCCUGGGGAGUUUCUCUGGCUUCUCCGUCUGGCCAGUUCCAGCUGCAGCUUUCGCAGCCCAUGUUCAAGCAAAGCGACCUGCGAUAUCCUGUCCUUGAGCCUCUGCUGCCUCACCUGGGGAACAUCCUCCCCCUUUCGUUGGCAUGCGAUUUGAUCGACAUGUACUUCUCCUCUUCAUCAUCGGCACAAAUGCAUCCAAUGUCUCCUUAUGUUCUGGGAUUCGUGUUCCGAAAGCGCUCUUUUCUGCAUCCUACCAACCCACGGAGGUGCCAGCCCGCGCUGCUUGCGAGCAUGCUGUGGGUGGCAGCGCAGACCAGCGAAGCGUCCUUCUUGACAAGCCUGCCUUCUGCGAGAAGCAAGGUCUGCAAGAAGCUACUCGAGUUGACUGUUGGACUUCUCCAACCUUUGAUCCACACGGGCACAAACAGCCCGUCUCCCAAGACUAGCCCCGUGGUUGGCCCGGCUGCUCUGGGUGGCCUUGGCGUUGCCAUGCCGGGUUCAAUGAACCUGGAUUCUUUGGCUGGCGAAACGGGUGCUUUUGGGGCCAUCGGAAGCCUCGACGAUGUCAUCACCUAUGUGCACCUCGCGACAGUCAUUUCGGCUAGCGAGUACAAGGGCGCCAGUCUUCGGUGGUGGGGUGCAGCUUGGUCUCUUGCCAGAGAGCUCAAGCUUGGUCGUGAACUGCCAGUCGGCAAUCCACCUGCUAGCCAAGAGGACGGCGAAGCCACCAACGAAGACGUGGAUGAGCACGACCUAAACAGAAAUAACACUCGCUACGUCACAGAAGAGGAGCGUGAGGAGCGGCGACGGGCGUGGUGGCUUGUUUAUAUCGUUGACAGGCACUUGGCGCUCUGCUACAACCGCCCCCUGUUUCUCCUUGACAGCGAGUGCAGUGAGCUUUACCACCCCAUGGACGACAUCAAGUGGCAAGCGGGUCAGUUUCGAAGCUACGAUGGUGGUAACAUUGAUAGCUCCAUGACGGACGAGUUCGGCGAUAGCCCUCGUGCUGCUCGCGGAGCCCACUACGAGUGCCGCGGCCGUAGCAUCUAUGGCUACUUCUUGUCCCUAAUGACGAUCUUGGGCGAGAUUGUUGAUGUUCAUCAUGCCAAGAGCCACCCACGCUUUGGGGUUGGGUUUCGCUCUGCGCGUGAUUGGGACGAGCAAGUCGCCGAGAUCUCUCGCCACCUAGACAUGUAUGAAGAAAGCCUCAAGAGAUUCGAGGGUAAGCAUCUGCCAGUGGCAUCAAAAGAUAAGGAGCAGCACGAGAUUCACGAAAGCGGAGGCGCAAUAGAUAUGCAGUCUCCGCUCUCGGUGCGGACAAACGCAUCCAGCCGCAUGACGGAGAGCGAGAUCCAGGCAAACAUCGUGGUGGCCUACAGUACCCACGUCAUGCAUGUUCUGCACAUACUCCUCGCGGACAAAUGGGACCCAAUUAAUCUUCUUGAUGACGAUGACCUCUGGAUUUCGUCAGAAGGAUUUGUCACGGCAACGAGCCACGCGGUGUCGGCGGCAGAGGCCAUCAAUCAAAUUCUUGAAUUCGACCCCGGCUUGGAGUUUAUGCCAUUCUUCUACGGAGUCUAUCUCUUGCAAGGAUCUUUCCUUCUCCUCUUGAUUGCCGACAAGCUGCAAGCCGAAGCCUCUCCAAGCGUCAUUAAGGCGUGUGAGACAAUUGUACGAGCACACGAAGCCUGCGUGGUGACUCUUAGCACGGAGUAUCAACGAAACUUUAGCAAAGUCAUGCGAAGCGCACUUGCUUUGAUUCGAGGUCGCGUACCAGAAGACCUAGCCGAGCAGCAGCAGCGACGGCGGGAGCUUCUUGGAUUAUACCGAUGGACAGGUAACGGAACUGGCUUGGCCCUUUGA